GUGCAGAAGCAGUUGGUUUGCUCCGCUGUGUGGCAGCAGGGACUUCACUGAGUGCUAUGUUGAGCGCUUAUUUAGGUCUGUUACAGCAGACUAAGAGCAGCUUGCCCAAGGGCAUCGGGGAGAGAGGGCAGAAAGAGAGAGAGAGAGAGAGAGAGAGAGAGAGAGAGAACGAGAGAGAGACAACCGGAGAGAGAGAGAACCAGGAGCCAACUCCACAUUCCAGCCUGGGGAAGGAGACAGAAGCGAGGAACUGCGGAGAGAAAGAGAGGGAGAGAGAGAGGAGAUAGGAAAGGAAAGAAAACAGGGACACAGAGGAAAACAUAGAAACAUAGAGGAACGACUGGUGGAGGAGCACUGUCCUGAUCUCCUAAUCGUCUCCUGAUCGUCUCCUGAUCGUCUCCUGAUCGUCUCCUGAUCGUCUCCGGGUCUCCUGAUCAUCUGGAGCUGGGGAUUUAGAGGCGGUUCUUGUGCUCGUUGUUGUCAUUGUUGUUGUUGUUCUUGAUUUGAGGGACGUAAACAAGAAGUAAACAAGCGUAGAAAAGCUAAAACAGGCUGAAGGUUGUAGUUUUUUAGGGCAGUAUCCGCGAGUCUGUGGGUGCAGCAACAGCAUGUUUGACUGCAUGGAGGCGUUGGGGAUGGGACCCCGCCAGUUGUAUGAUGUCACGAACCCAGGGGCGUGCAUGCUGAGGAAAGCGAGCCCCUUCUUUGCGGGACUGGACCCCUUUGCCUGGACGGGGACGGCCAGCGUCCAAUCCGUGGAGACUCAGAGCACCAGCUCAGAGGAGAUGGUUCCCAGCUCUCCUUCUCCACCUCCACCUCCCCGAGUCUACAAGCCCUGCUUCGUGUGUCAGGACAAAUCCUCAGGCUACCACUACGGGGUCAGCUCCUGCGAGGGCUGCAAGGGCUUCUUUCGGCGCAGCAUCCAGAAGAACAUGGUGUACACCUGCCACCGCGACAAGAACUGCCAGAUCAACAAGGUCACGCGCAACCGCUGCCAGUACUGCCGCCUGCAGAAGUGCUUCGAGGUUGGCAUGUCCAAGGAAGCUGUGCGGAACGACCGCAACAAGAAGAAGAAGGACGUGAAGGAGGAGAUGGUGCCGGUGGAGAGCUACGAGCUGAGCGGAGAGCUGGAGGAGCUGGUGAACAAAGUGAGCAAAGCGCACCAGGAGACCUGCCCCUCGCUGUGCCAGCUGGGAAAAUACACCACAAACUCCAGCUCGGAUCACCGUGUGCAGCUGGAUCUGGGAUUGUGGGAUAAGUUCAGUGAGCUCUCCACAAAGUGCAUCAUCAAAAUCGUAGAGUUCGCCAAGCGUCUCCCCGGAUUCACCACCCUCACCAUCGCCGACCAGAUCACCCUCCUCAAAUCCGCCUGCCUCGACAUCCUGAUGCUGCGGAUCUGCACGCGCUACACACCUGAGCAGGACACCAUGACCUUCUCAGACGGAUUGACCUUGAACCGCACGCAGAUGCACAACGCGGGGUUCGGGCCGCUCACAGACCUGGUGUUCGCCUUCGCCGGGCAGCUGCUGCCGCUGGAGAUGGACGAUACAGAAACAGGACUUCUCAGCGCCAUCUGUCUGAUCUGUGGAGACCGUAUGGAUCUGGAGGAGCCUCAGCGUGUGGACCGUCUGCAGGAGCCUCUACUGGAGGCACUAAAAAUUUAUGCUCGCCGCCGCCGACCCAACAAACCCCACAUGUUCCCCCGCAUGCUGAUGAAGAUCACUGACCUGCGGGGCAUCAGCACCAAAGGAGCGGAGAGGGCGGUGACUCUGAAGAUGGAGAUUCCCGGCCCCAUGCCUCCUCUAAUCCGAGAGAUGCUGGAGAAUCCGGAGGCGUUCGAGGACCAGCCGGAGUCCGGCGAGAGCAAAGCCGAGCCCCCGGCCCCACCUCCGGCCCCGCCCCUCACCAUGAAGACAGAGCGCGAGGACGAGGACGACGGCUGGGCCAACGAGAACGGCAGCGAACCCUCGCCGGAGGAGGAGGACGAGGACGAGGACGACGUGGAGGAGGAGAGGGGGACGGACAGCGACGGGGACGCCUGGAGCGGACAGGAACCCAACGUCCAGGACAUGUCCAGAAAGAGCCAUGGGGGGAGAGCCCAGUGAGCGGGACUUACCCCUGCCCACAAACAAACACACUCACGACUCAUACACACCCCCCCGUACACUCUACACCCCCCCCCCCCCCCCCCCAAUCACAGCAAUCUGCCCCCCCAGGGGCAAAACAUAGAGCCUUAUCACUUCAGCCACCUCUAACUCAGGACUCGCGCUCAGUGAUGAGAGACUGUAAAACGCAGAUCACGCCUCUUCUCAGGAACUGUCUUCAAAGGGCAAAGAGGGAAGACGCGAGACUUAUCAAACUGACUCAUCCAGCGGACGAAACCGCUGUCGCUUUUUUAUACUCUCGCGUUCCUAUCGAAAAUAACGGAGCAGCCAAACCGACAGGAGCCAGCAUGUGAAACAGUCGCGCAAAAAAACAACUACCAACGGGUUCAACGUCACAUUUCGUCUCAGUUCGUCUCAUUUUCGUCUCUUUUCUCCAGAAAACUGCAAGAAAAAAAAGAAAGAAAAAAGAGAAAAGAAAGAAAAAAGCUCAUCCCCGUCUCCUUUUUUUUUCUUUAAUUUUGUUUAUGUUGCUCUUGAUGCAUUUGACGAAUAAUGUUUUGACUCUUCCAGCCUUGAUAUAGUUCUCUUUACUUUUACAUUUUAUGAAUAAGCCCAUACAUAUCUAUAUACCUUUAUAUAUAUAUAUUUUUUUCGUCUUUGUAUAAUGUUUUUUUUUUUUUUGUUCAGUUAUGCUUUGUUUUGGAUAGCUUUCCCAAGGAGAAGCAAAAAAAAAAAGAAAAGAAAGAGAGAAAAAGAGAGAGAAAGAGAAAAUGAAAGAAUGAAAGAUGAUGGAAUGACUAUAAACUGGCUAUAAGACCUCUACUAUAGUCUAUACACCCGGUCAUUUGACUGACUGGGCUUUUUUUGGGCACUUUGGCUCACUGUAGACGUCGAUGAUAAUCAUAAAUUUGACAGCAGCGCCUCUUCAGUAACUCCCAGUUACAGGCCGGUCCUCGUGUUUUGAAGAUCGGCAUUAUGGGUAUUAGUUCUGGUUGUGAAAUACACAGUAUCUUUUGUUUUGCCAAUCGAGUAGUGUGUUUUGUGCCAAAGCAUGCAAGUCUGUAUAAGUUCAGGAAGAGAAAAAAAAGUUUGAGAUGUUUGAGUUAAAGCCAAACUCUAGAGAGGAAACGUCUCAGUUCAAAUACCAUUCAGAACCCUUAGAUUACAGGUUCAGAACUUCUCAGAACUUCUCUGAAUUUCUCAGAAUUUCUAAGAACUUCUCUGAACUUCUCAGAAUUUCUCAGAACUUCUCAGAAUUUCUAAGAACUUCUUUAAAUUUGUUUCAGAAUUUCUCAGAACUUCUAGGAAUUUUUCAGAACGUCUCAGAACUUCAGUGAAUUUCUCUGAACUUCUUGGAACGUCUCAGAACUUCUCGGAACGUCUCAGAACUUCUUAGAAUUUCUCAGAACUUCUCAGAAUUUCUAAGAACUUCUUUAAAUUUGUUUCAGAAUUUCUCAGAACUUCUAGGAAUUUUUCAGAACGUCUCAGAACUUCAGUGAAUUUCUCUGAACUUCUUGGAACGUCUCAGAACUUCUCGGAACGUCUCAGAACUUCUUAGAAUUUCUCAGAACUUCUCAGAAUUUCUAAGAACUUCUUUAAAUUUGUUUCAGAAUUUCUCAGAACUUCUAGGAAUUUUUCAGAACGUCUCAGAACUUCAGUGAAUUUCUCUGAACUUCUUGGAACGUCUCAGAACUUCUCGGAACGUCUCAGAACUUCUUAGAAUUUCUCAGAACUUCUCAGAAUUUCUAAGAACUUCUUUAAAUUUGUUUCAGAAUUUCUCAGAACUUCUAGGAAUUUUUCAGAACGUCUCAGAACUUCAGUGAAUUUCUCUGAACUUCUAGGAAUUUUUCAGAACGUCUCAGAACUUCAGUGAAUUUCUCUGAACUUCUUGGAACGUCUCAGAACUUCUCGGAACGUCUCAGAACUUCUAGGAAUUUCUCAGAACUUCUCUGAAUUUCUCAAAAUUUCUCAGAACUUCUCAGAAUUUCUUAGUUUUUGUUUCAGAAUUUCUCAGUUUUUCUCAGAAUUUCUCAGAAUGUCUGAAGCCACGCCCCUCCCAGAGAUACAUACACUUCUCACCGCAACUGUUUCCAGGUUGGACAAGCUUUGCAGAGCCUGAAACUGAGCAGAAGAUCUCACUUAUUAAGCUAAUGAGAAACGAUAGCGUGAUGAUAAUGAAAGUGUUUUGGGAGUAAAAUUCACCUUACUUGCCUUACAGAUAAAAAAAAAAAACAAAAUAAAUAAAAAAAAAACAUCCAGGACUGGAAGGAACAUCUCCUCACUUGAACUUAGGCUGUUGUUGCACUUUAGGUUUUGUUAUAAUAUCUGUAUAUAUGGCAACAAUGGAAAAAACAAAUGUUGCUUCAAAUCAAAGUUACGUUUGAGUAAAUUGUCAUGAUACCAGAUAUUUUUUUUAUUUCAGUACCAAUACACUGUCAACCUGGUGCUAUAGCCUGUAUCGCAGUUAUGAACAUGAGUAUUGGACUUUUAAUGUAACGUAUAUAUUAAGAAAAAAAUCCUUGCUUUUUUUAAAUAAAAAAACAGUUUGUUAAAAUUUA